GGUUUAAGGUGGACAGGACACUUGAGUUUUAAACCUCAGCUGGAGCAAACGCUGAUUGAGUGAGACAAGGGAGGAAAAGUUGCAACCAGGCGCAGCAACAGAUAAAUUUGAAAACGCUGCAGAGAGCAGGGAGUGAUGGAAAAGUAUGUGCGGAGGAGGUAGACACCGGGGGAGGAGGUUUCAUUCCCCACAGCUCCUCUCGCUUUCUCAGGAUUUCCCUUCCUGGACACUGCUGCUGCUGCUGCUGCUCCUCUAAGUGCCUUCUCUCCAGAGCUCUUCCAUAUCUGGACCUGGAUUUGGACAAACAGUGAAGUGGACUGAAUCAGGCUGGACAACAACACAGAACGCAGCUUUAACUAUUCAUUGCUCUGCCCUGCGAGGUGUUUGGACCAACGGAUUACCAGCAGUCGAAAGAGGGGUUACUUAGCUGAUUUAGAGAGUGAAAAGUCCCACAAGUAAAUGGUCUUUAUUGAUUAUUUGGACAGUAAGGCCUUGUUCUUUUUGUAUCUUGGCUGACGGGUCUAUUUUAGAAGAUUACCUCAUCCACAAGAUUGUUAUUAUGAAUAUUAGUACAGAUGCCGCAGAGACAGUCAGCUCGUCCUCAGUUUGCAGAUAAAGAGUGUUUACAGUAUUUUUUUGUUCCAGAGUUGAGGUUUCACAAAUUGCUCGCGUGGUUGACGCAUAUAAUGCGUAAUUAUAUUAUUUUGUAAUUGCUAAUGUUGUUUUGCCAUUUGAAAGCAUGGAAGAUGAGAAGACUUGAGUAUUUGACGUUGUGUCGUCUGAUGUUCUGUUUUUCGAUAAGUCGGUGGCAUUCACCUGGACAGGGAGCGAAAUUAUGAAAAUGGACAUUGAGGUUGUAUCAAAUUCUUUGCUUUACCCACAUGACAUUUUUAUUUAAAACCAAGAUGUGAUUUAUGAGCGUGAGCUAUGACGUGAGGACCGAUAAUAGCUGUUUGGAUUAAGAGCGUGAGCAGUAACUUGUGUCUUUGCCAGUACGAGGUCCUGAGUGUGUGUGUGUGUGCCGGAGGAAAGUCUGGAAAGUGACUCUUAACGUCUCCUUUAAUGCACUGUAAUAAAUGGCUCGUGACACAACCCCCAUUUUCCCUCAUGGGUCCAGAGAGGGAGGUUUUCCAUAUAUGUCGACUUCCACGUAUUUUCCACUUCAGCAUCAGUGUUGAUAUUAGAGCCGCCUUCAUCCAGCUCACUGGCCUGGUUCUCAUGCUGUGUCCUGGGCCUGGAAACCAACCCAUGCAGUCACCCACCAACCAGACUGAUUCCCAUCUCAUCUUGGUUCAUCCCUGUUGAAAACCCUUGUUGUCCAAUAGCCGGGCCUAGCAUUACUCAGGCCUGCCUGGGCUCCCUUUUGUGUCCACCCGAGGCCAGGCCUUCUCGUGCAGGCUUGGCCCUGAGUGAGCUCCACUCCCCUGUCCUGCAGUCAUGGGGAUCCAGGGUAUGGAGCUGUUUGCAAUCGGAGUGGUCAUCAUCCUCUUCAUGGCAGUUCUCAAGCAGUUUGGCAUCCUGGAGCCCAUGUCCUCGUUUGAAGAUGACAGCAGCGACAGUGAUUUGGAGCUGUCGACUGUUCGUCACCAGCCAGAGGGGCUGGACCAGCUGCAGGCUCAGACCAAGUUCACCAGGAAGGAGCUUCAGUCUCUCUAUCGAGGCUUCAAGAACGAGUGUCCCAGUGGGAUGGUUGAUGAGGAGACAUUCAAGUCCAUCUAUUCUCAGUUCUUUCCCCAAGGAGAUGCAACCACCUAUGCUCACUUCCUGUUCAACGCAUUUGAUAUCGACAGGAACGGUUCCAUCAGCUUUGAGGACUUUGUCAUCGGGCUGUCAGUGUUGCUCAGAGGUUCAGUCACUGAGAAACUCAACUGGGCCUUUAACCUCUACGACAUUAAUAAGGAUGGCUACAUCACCAAAGAGGAGAUGCUGGCGAUUAUGACAUCAAUCUAUGACAUGAUGGGGAGAUACACCUACCCCUGUGUGCGAGAUGAAGCACCCUCCGAACACGUGGACAAGUUCUUCCAGAAAAUGGAUAAAAAUCGAGAUGGUGUAGUGACCAUAGAAGAGUUCAUUGAGACCUGUCAGAAGGACGACAACAUCAUGAACUCCAUGCAGCUGUUUGAGAAUGUGAUAUAAGGAAUCAAGAUGCUCUCUGGUUUGUUUUUUUCCUCCAAUAGCCCAUAUGCACAUCUCACACAAACACAGCAACACGCAAACACACUGUGCAGCAACCAUGCACCUCACCCACUCCUCAAACUCCACACUAAAACCUGGCACAUGAUGUGGGAAGGGGGAAGAAAGGAGUUUUUUUCUUUUCUUGCCACGCUCUUUUAGCUGUAUCUCGCAAUUGGUCUGGAUUAAAAGGACUGUUACUGACAGAAGAAGAGCUUCCUGGGUAAAAUUCCCAUCUAUCCAGUGUUUUUUGUGUGGGUUUUUUUUCUUCGACGAGGCAACAAAUGAGCUCCUUGUGCUUUAAUCGUCGGACAAAAAAGAUCAACAACCAACAAGGAGUGAAGAGGCAUACAGUAAUCCUCUGACCUGAGGACACAAGGACACUAGCUUUAACACCAAACCACUUUCAACACAAUAAUACAACACGUGGUUUAUCUUGCAUACACACAGAACUGCUUGAGAGUUUUUAGUACACUGGAUGAAAUGAACAUUUAGAAGCAAGGAAGAAAAAAAUCACAGCCCACGAAAAAAGAGGAAUGGAUUAAAGCAUGUGUGUCCUCAAAUAUGUGAUGUGGAAAUAGCUUGCACUACAAUUUUAUGACUAUGUAUCAUAUGCGCCUGAAAUAAAGGCACUGUAAAUACCUGCACCUGAUAUACCACUGAAACCAGUGUGUAUGUAUAUAUGUAUAGUUGAUAUAUAUAUAUCCUACACUGUACCGGUCCCCUCUGUACUGCAGUGGCUGAACAGGACCAGAACUGAAUAUGUGUUGAAGAAAUCAGUGUGUUAAUCAGUUUACCAUUGUGUAUAGUAACAGUUCUUCACAAAAUUUGAAUGCAUUAUUCAAAGAUUUCUCUUUUUUCGUAUUUUUUAAGAUUAUGUUUAGCUGGUCAGAUGUGAAGGAUACUGUCGGAACACUAAAGGACUGAUGAAGUGAGUUAUUUUCGGCUGAAUUAAGGCUUUAUCCUGGUUCCUCUUUAUCUGCGAGCAUGCUUACUCUAAGUUCCACAGUAUUAUGUACAGAACAGUAAGACCUUUGUGAUGUCAGUUAAUUAAAGACGCUGUCAACAGCU